CUUUCUCAUAAUUUAAUCGCUCAUUAACUUUUCUUUUUCUUUUCCCAAUUCAGAUUCCUAAUCCCAUCCCCAAUGCACAACCACAUACAUGGCGCACCCUUCACAUUCCUAGAGAGAGAGAAUUCUCUUCUGCUUCUGUUCUUAGCUGUGGUGUUGCGUGGUGCUGGUGAUUUUGGUGGUUGUGUGUGUACAAGUACUGGAACUAGUUCAUUUAAUAAUGGUGGGUAAAGAGAAGCACGAGAGAGAGAAAGAGAAGAUGUUUGUGGGUGUAGUCUGGAACUGUGCAGCUGAGCUUAAAUUCCUCCUUACAGCUGUUUUCUUCCUGUGCUCUCUUGUCACCAUUCUCCAGUUCCUCCCCUCUCGCUUCUCUAUUUCCUCCGUCUCAGAUCUCCCCAACUGCAUCACCACCACCACCGCCAGUGAAGUUGUAAACACAUCAGCAUCAACGGUGCCACCGGACGUAGAAACGGUAACCCCACCGCCUUCCACCCUUUCACCGCCGUUCGUACAAAAAGACCAGGUUCUGGAAGGUGGCAUCAUAAAGCGAUCCUUCAACCCCUAUGGCUCAGCAGCAUACAACUUCAUAUUGAUGUCCACUUACAGAGGAGGACUCAACAACUUUGCCGUUAUCGGCCUCGCUGCGAAACCCCUCCACGUCUUCGGUAAACCCAUCUACGAAUGCCAAUGGCUCUCUAACUCUAACAACACCCAACAACCCAUCACCACAGUUGGCGACAAAAUCCUCCCAGAUUGGGGCUAUGGCCGUGUCUAUACCGUCGUCGUCGUCCAUUGCACUUUUUCAAUUCCCAUCAACGAGGACAACUCCGGUGGAAAAUUACUUCUUCAAGCGAUCACCAAUGGUGGUUUCGACCUGAGCUCCAAUUUAACAGACGACAUUGAAGCUCUGGUGGAGCAACCUGGUAGUUUAAAUCUCGCCCACUUUAUGUCGCAACCUAAAUAUGAUUAUCUGUACUGUGGGUCGUCGUUGUAUGGGAACUUAAGUCCACAGAGGAUGAGAGAAUGGUUGGCCUAUCAUGUGAGGUUGUUCGGGGAGAAGUCGCAUUUUGUGAUACAUGAUGCUGGGGGUAUACAUUCUGGGGUCAUGGAGGUGCUGAGGCCUUGGAUGGAAAAAGGGUAUGUCACUUUUCAGGACAUUAGAGAGCAAGAGAGGUUUGAUGGUUAUUAUCAUAAUCAGUUUCUGAUUGUGAAUGAUUGUUUGCAUCGGUAUCGGUAUAUGGCUAAGUGGAUGUUUUUCUUUGAUGUGGAUGAGUUCAUCUUUGUGUCCAAGAAGAGCACUAUUAAAUCCGUGCUCGAUUCGCUUUCAGAGUAUACCCAAUUCACUAUCGAGCAGAUACCGAUGUCUAACAAGCUCUGUCUCACUGAAGAUGCCGGUAAAACUUACAGGAAAUGGGGGUUUGAGAAGCUAGUGUACAAAGAUGUGAAGAGAGGAAUCAGGAGGGACCGUAAAUACGCGGUGCAACCGCGCAACGUGUUUGCCACCGGAGUUCACAUGUCACAGAACACCGCAGGUAAGACAACACACAAGACGGAGGGGCGUAUCAAGUACUUCCAUUAUCACGGGACCAUAGCCGAACGGCGUGAGCCAUGUCGGCAGCUUAUCAAUACAACAGAUUUCACCCUUGAUGGAAUCCCAUACGUUAAGGAUACCACAAUGCGGAGUGUUGCCGGAGCUGUGAAGAGAUUUGAACAGAAAAUGAUUGGGUCUAGAUUAGAUAGGACGCGGCAAUGACUGGUUAAAGAUCUUUCAUUUUUCUUACAUGUGAGUGGCCUGUGUCUACUUUUAGUCCACCUGCAGGUAGAGUGAUUUCUGUGAUAUUUUUCACUUUUGUAAGACACAUAUAGACGGUAGAUAAAAGCCAUUUAUGUCUGGGUAUGGAUACAGUGUUUGUAUUCUUUGUAUAUCUAUUCUAUUCAUUUGUUGCAUUAUGUGGAUUGAUUGAUUGCAGUGUCGGUGUUGGGGGACCACCAUACUUUUUUUUUUUCGGAAAGUCGGGGGACCAUUAUACUUGCCACCAACGAAAGGG